AUGCAAUCAUUUGUACAGUUUUCCAUCAAUUUCUCAGCCUUAAAUCCUCUCCACAAUGAUUUUAACACGAAACCCAGAAUAUUUAAGUUAAAAUUUUCGCAACCCAUAAAUUACUAUUCUCUUUCGAGAACAAAGAUUGAAUCUUUGCGCAAAGACGGGUUAAAGAUAGGAGCUUUGAGGGAGAGAGUGUCGUUCUUCGGAGUGAGCCGGGGUAAAAAUGGGAUUUUAUCGAAGACGGGAAGGGUUUUUGUGGCGAGAUUCAAUAAAGGCUUUAAUAGUAUUGGGGGAGGAGGCGGAGGCGGCGGCGGUGGCGGGAAGGUUAACAGCGAAACUGCAAGAGUUCUGGGGAAUCUUGCUUUGGCAAUUCUAUUGACUUACCUCUCUAUGACUGGGCAAUUGGGUUGGCUUCUUGAUGCUAUUGUGUCCCUUUGGGUAUUGCUCUCUUUCUUUUCUAUCUCAGAUAUGGUUUCUUUUUUCUUGUAUCAGAAUUUGACAUACGCAAAUGAAUGUGAACUAUAG